AUGGACAAAUAUCAGGAUACGAAGGAAUUUCCUUGCCCAAACUGCAGUGAACUUUCCCCUAUACCUGAUCAAGGAGCUACAGGCCUGAGGGUGAACUUUUUUGCUAAAUCUGUUUUGGAUGCAGGUGGGGAUCAUUCUACCUCCUCGAAAGAUACUCUUAUAAAUGGCAUAUGCCUGCAACCCGGGGAGCAUGUCCCUGUUGUCUCCAAUUGUGUCGAAUGCAGUCGGGAGAUGUGCAACGUUUGUGGAUGUACCUGCAACCACAACUCGUUUAAUUUCACUAAACCUCAAAAGCGUCUGUUGACUUGUACUGAGUCCCAAAAUGCGAAAAAGCUGAAUCCAUCACAGCGAAUCUUGUACUGUAAAAUUCACAGUAAAGAACAGCUGAAGUAUUUCUGUAAAAAAGAUCAUUGCCUCAUUUGCCAAACUUGUGUCGAACUGAAACAUGAAGGUCACCCAUUGGUAGACAUUGAACAUACUUCGAAGGCUAACUUGAGAUCGGCCAUUGAUCUUGGCAGACAGCAGUCAGCUAAGUAUGAAAGUUGUAUCAAGGAAGCCCAUGUUGUCAAAAACGACAUUGAAGAGAAGAAAACAAUUACCAGAGUCAAACUUGCAGCAGAACGGAAGAAGGAACAUGAUAAAGUUGAUGCCAAAUUUGACAAAAAGGAAACUGAGGCUCGUGCAGUUGCAAGUGCAUCUCUCAAGGACACCGAGGCGUGUUUGGCUAAGCUGAAGCUAGAAAAGGAAACAGUCGAUGGUAGUAUCAAACAAUUAGAAAUCCUCCGGGAUCAUGGCCACCCGUCUGAUAUUGUGUGCAUGCUUCCCGAGAUUCAUAACAAGCGAAUUGCAUGGUCCAUUCCUCCUGAUUCCAAAUUGACUACUGAUUACAAUCAUAAGGAUGACCAUGUUAAACGUGAGAAGCGUAUGCUUUUUGAAGAUUUUCUAGACAUUGCGAUCUUGCAAAAUGAUGACAUUGUUAAAAUUGGUGAUGGAUAUGCAACAAUCUAUGAUGGAGAUUUUAAUAGAAAGGAAUCAAUCACCUUUCCAGUGAUCACAGGUGUAUCUUAUAAGACAAAAGAAGAUGCUUACGUCAUUAUGUCACCUUCCCGAUUCGACUUUUAUAACAUGAACAAUGGGGCGCUUUUAAAAAGUGUAUACAAUCCCAUUCAAAAUGCAACAGAUUUUGUUAUAGAUCAACAUUCCGAAAUCGUUAUUUUGGCUCAUGAUAGCAAAAUCAUCAGGUUGUCGGAAACUGGGCGAAUCUUGAAUCUCUGCGAUUUGGAUGGAACAUCGGGAAGAGAAAAAAGGAAAGGAGUGGCCACGAUGCAAGUAAACAGCAAAAACGACAUCAUUAUGUCUUACAAUGGCGGUAUUGCUGGAAUCAGACUGGUCAAGGACGCUUUCCGAAAGUUCUUCGAGUACAUUCCUAAUCGCAAUGCAGGGUCCAAUAUGUACGCCCAUGUCGACAAUAACGACAACAUAAUCACAGUGAACAAAGCUAAAAACACGGUGGAGCUUCUAACACCAAAUGGUGUCUACAUGAAGGACUUGAUCCCACCAAAUGCGAUUAAGUAUGAGGUAAUACAGGUAGAAUCCAACUCUAAGGGUGAAUUGUUUGUUGGAGUCAUGCACAAGGGCUCCUCCAAUAUGUGUAUGUUCAAACUAAGGUACAGGCGACAGGAUGGUACCAUAGCCUGAAUACAUUGGGGACAGGAUGGUACCAUGCCCUGCGUACAUGGUGGACAGGAUGGUACCAUACCUUGAAAACAUUGGCGACAGGAUGGUACCAUACCCUGAAAACAUUGGCGACAGGUUGGUACCAUAGCCUGAAUACAUGGG